AUGCGCUCUAGAACAGAGCAUAUUUUCUUUAGCAGAGAUUCAAUUGAGGAGAAAAAAUUAAAAACGCACAAAACCUCUCGCCCAUGGUCGCCAAAAUUGUUAUCGGCUAAACAAUUAGGACAAUUAGCUAUAACCUCAACCCACGAGCUUGCAAUAUCAAACUUAUCUCUCGUCGAGGCACGCCUUCCUCGUCAAAUUAAAUCAAAUCAACCCAAAUACUCAUUCCACAUCGCAACAGCCACAGCCAUGGCACCUCCCACUAUCCUUGGCCAUCCAGAGAUCAACAAGCCAAAAAGAUCACUCUCUCUCCUUGGUCCUCCAGAGCUCUCUAAGCCAUCACCAACACCACAACAAGCAGCCUUAACAACUAUGAGUGAUGCCUUUAUAGAUCUCAUGGUAGCCAAUUUUAAUAAGAGCACUGUUAAACCACUAUACCCGGACGGUUACACUGAAAACAUGUCAGCCACAUUUCUCUCCUGCGGCAAUCCUUGCCUUAUCCUGAUGUGA